GACUGAAUUUACCAGCUGGGUGGAACACUGACACACAAAAACUUUUCAACAUCUUCCGCAGGGAUGGCAGUUUGACUCAACAGAGUUAACAGUUGUAUAGGGACCUUUGUUUUGCAGAGUGUACCAUGGAUUUUAACGUUAAGCGAUUAGCAGCUGACGCUGGCACUUUUCUGAGCCGUGCAGUACAAUUUACUGAAGAGAAACUUGGCCAGGCUGAAAAGACAGAGUUGGAUGCCCAUUUGGAGAAUCUUUUGGUCAGAGCUGAGAACACCAAGCAAUGGACAGAACGAAUUAUGAAGCAGACAGAAGUCUUACUACAGCCAAACCCAAAUGUCCGGCUUGAAGAAUUUGUGUACGAGAAGCUGGAGAAAAAAGUCCCUACACGACUGAACAACCACGAGCAGCUGGGACAGUUCAUGAUAGAUUCAGGACGUGAAUUUGGUCCUGGAACUGCCUAUGGAAAUGCUCUGAUAAAAUGUGGAGAGACAGAGAAGCAGAUUGGUGGGGCAGAGCGUGAGUUCAUCCAUAGUGCUGCCAUCAACUUCCUGACACCUUACAGGAACUUUUUAGAGGGAGACUUCAAAACCAUCCUGAAAGAACGCAAGCUCCUACAGGUUAAGCGUUUGGAUCUGGAUGCAGCCAAAACCAGACUAAAGAAAGCAAGGAUGGCUGAUGCCAGAGCUGCAGCAGAGCAGGAACUGAGGAUGACCCAGAGUGAGUUUGACCGGCAGGCAGAGAUCACCCGACUGCUUUUAGAAGGUGUCAGCAGCACCCAUGCACACCACCUACGCUGCUUAAAUGACUUUGUGGAAGCCCAGACAACCUACUAUGCACAAUGUUACCAAUACAUGGUGGCUCUCCAGAAGCAGCUGGGCAGUUUCCCUUCUUCAUUUUCGAACAACAACCAGUCAUCAGUGUCAGGCGGAGCCGGUGUCUCAGUGCCCACCAUCCCUGUGUCGGCCUCCCUGCCCAGCCCGUCUGCGGGUCGCGGCAGCUCAGCCACAUCAGGCGGCUUCAGUGAACUACGCAGUUCCAGUGGCAGUCGCAAAGCUCGAGUCCUUUAUGACUAUGACGCUGCCAGCAGCAGUGAGCUUUCGCUUCUUGCUGAUGAGGUGAUUGUAGUCAGCAGCGUCCCAGGAAUGGAUUCUGAUUGGCUCAUGGGUGAGCGAGGCACGCAGAAGGGCAAAGUGCCAAUCACCUACCUGGAGCUGCUUAACUGAGACCUGCGAGCGGCCUUGUGUAUCCAGCUGUGAUCUCAUAUUUAUAUUGUGAUGCAGGGGACAGGUGCCACCUUCCACCACGACAGAGAUUAAUUUGUCUGAAAUGCAGGAGUCACAGUUGUAGCAGGCUGUCUGCGCGCAUCAUUGGAAAUCUGCUGGAAUUAAUACAUUUCAUGGAAGGGGAAGGAAACGGGCCCAUUCCCUGCUUUUUAUGCACCUGCAGUACUUUUCUAAAAUGUUUCCAUGCUUUUAUGUUUGAUGCAUUCUGUAAUGUGUGCCAGAACAUCUCCCAAACUGUAGCUUUCUUUCUUUUUUAAAGCAAAUUUUGUUUACAACGUGCAUGUUGGUGGUGACUCAUUUCUAAUUCCACUUUUUGCAGCUCGCUGAGUGCUGCAGUGGGCACAUUUGUAAUUAAUAGUUAUAAUGCACUUCAGUUUGAAGUGUUAAAAAAAAGAUUUAUAUAAAGUCUUACUUUACAGUAAAACCUGUAAUGUGCACCAGCUUUUUGUUUGUUUGUUUGUUUUUGUUUUUACAGGAGUCUAAUUAGACAGUUUCUUAUGAGAUGAUAAAUAAUUCACCACGUUGGAUUGGUGAGUGAGGAUCGAUAGCGCUGUAAUUUUUCUGUACAUGCCAUAUAUUAAGUGCUUGUACCGGGAGCUGCACUUAAUAAGACUGAAUUUAGUACUGAACCCUAAGUUAUUACCAAUGUCCCAAAGUUCCCCUGAGGAGCCGUUUAAACCAGAUUGUGCUGAGAUGAGAUGUGAUCAUUGCCCUUUUUGGCAGACACAGUUUACUUUGAAAUGUGCCUGGAGGGAAAAAAAAACUGGCUUUUUCUUGAUCAUUUUCUGCUUCACCUGAAGUUUUGUACAUCCACACAUGGCAUGUCAUGCUGCAUUCUGGGAGAUUCUGUUAUUCCACAGCUGCUUUUGUUUUGUGUGUAACUGAUAGCAUACAUUUGCAAAAUAAAUAUACAUUGAUAU